UGAAUGCCUAGUCCAAAGUAGCGCGUUUUUGGUUUCUGUGGUCUACUUGGGUAUAUCAUCAAAUUUGUCUCGUACUAUUUAUUUGUGUAGUUACAAAAAGGCAAAUAGCUCCUUAAAUUGAGUUUAUGAUCUAGAUUCUGCAUAUAAAAUGGAGAAUAUUGGCCUAAAGCUUACAAUAAACCGUAUUUAUGUGAAUGCUUAUAUCUUCAUCGGCUCAAAGUUGAGGAAACUCAUCAAGUAAAUAACAAUCAGAUAUGGAAACGGUGCUUGAACAGCAACGUCGCAUCCACGAAGAGCGGGAAAGACUAAUAAACGAAUUGACAAAAGAAAUGCUUUAUAAUCCAACCACACAUAGAGAAAAGUUAAAUUCAGAGCUUCGUUUAAGACUUAUGUAUGAUAGGUACUUUGAUGUAACACAAGAACUAAGAGAUCUGUAUGAAGAUAAAGAUGGUCUACGCAAGGCUGAUAUUCAAACACUUUCCGGUCCAAAUGAAUUUAACGAGUUUUAUGAUAGAUUAAAGCAGAUUAAAGAAUUUCAUCGCAAGCAUCCUGGCGAGAUAUGUGUCCCAAUGUCUGCCGAGUUUGAAAAGUACAAAGAAAUGAGAGAAAGACCAGAAGAAGCGAAUGCUGUACUUAUUGACUUUUCAGAUGAGGAAGGCUAUGGUCGUUAUCUGGAUUUACAUGAUGUGUAUAAGAAAUAUCUGAAUGUAAAAGGUGUUCCACGCAUAGAUUAUCUCACUUAUAUCUCCUUCUUCGACCGGUUGUAUGAUAUAUCUCGUGAUAAAAAGGGAAUAGCAUAUAAAGCCUACCUCGAAGAGUUGCUUGGUUAUCUUGAAAAUUUCGUAUCGCGUGCCAGACCUAUAGUGGAUUUAGAGGAGGAAACUAAAGAAGCGCUUGCUAAAUUCGAAACACAAUGGACUCAAGGAACAUUUCCUGGUUGGGGUCGUGAGGCAGCAUCUGCCUUAGCGCAUGGAGGUGCUCAUUUGGACUUGACCGCUUUUACAGCCUGGGAAGAACUUGCUUCACUUGGACUUGAUAGGCUUAAGUCAGCGUUACUCGCGUUGGGCUUAAAAUGUGGUGGAACUUUGGAGGAAAGAGCUCGUCGCUUAUGGGCUACAAAAGGUAAAUCACUCGAAGAGUUACCUGCAGAUCUGUUUGUUACAAAGCAACGGUCGACGAAAGGUUUCGCUAAGACAGCUGCAUGGGGACAUGUACCUCCAGCGCUAUCUGAAAAGCUAAAAGAAAUCGCUACACUAGAGGCUAGAAUAUACAGACUCAGUGAACUGGUCAAAGAACAUCGCGAAGCUACUAUUGAGAACGUACAACGUCGUCAGGCACGAAUAGGAUUCGAACGAGAUGAAGAUGAUACAGAUGCAGAUAAGGAUGCUACAGGUGCAGAAAACGGUCAGAAUGAAGAGGAUGAUGAUAUUCCUUAUAACCCUAAGAAUCUACCCCUUGGAUGGGACGGGAAACCUAUUCCAUAUUGGUUGUACAAAUUGCAUGGAUUAAAUAUGUAUUAUAGUUGCGAAAUAUGCGGUAAUCAAACAUACCGUGGUCCUAAAGCAUUUCAACAACAUUUUUCUGAAUGGCGACAUGCUCAUGGUAUGCGAUGUUUAGGCAUACCGAAUACAAUUCAUUUUGCUCACGUAACAAAAAUUGAAGAAGCUUUAGCUUUAUGGCAACGAAUAAGAACAAUGAAAGAAGCUGAACGUUGGCGUCCAGAAGUUGAAGAAGAAUUAGAAGAUUCUGUCGGCAAUGUUGUAUCUCGUAAAACAUAUGAAGAUUUAAAACGUCAAGGUCUUCUUUGAAAAAAUAUCUUGAAAAAAAUUUUUUCUUAUUCUUGUAAUAUUGUACACUUGUGAAAUAUAAGUUUAUUUUAAUGUAUUUGUUCUAUUGUUCAAAAUAAGAUGGAUUUUUUUCUGCAAAAAAAGAUUGAGUUUGUAUGUUUAGAUUGUGAUUGUGUUUUUAAGCAGUCAGGAGAAAAAUCAAUUAGAGAUGGUUUGGAUUAUCUUUGUUUUUAAUAUUUAUUACUGAAAUUUGAUCAGUCUCGGGUUUGAGUCCUGGAGUGAAUGUCAACUCUUGGAUGCAGGUACACCCAGUCGACUAAUCUCAAAUAGGACAAAACAGGUGUCCUGGAUUCCAAUUCUAACCACACUCCAUCUAUUCCGUAUCAGCCACGAAAAAUGUUUGUUGUAAUAUUUCUUCACAAUUUCUGUAUGUAAUUUAUACUAUUGUUUUCUGUCUCUAAAAAUGAGUAUCUUGCAAUUUGUUCAUGUAAGUACGAAACUUUUUGUUUCCAACCAAAUGAUUAUCUCUGUAAAUAGGAAUGCUAUUUUAUAUUUCCACUAUUUGAGAUAUUAUGACUUCAGUAAUCCGCUAACUUAGUUUACAGUUAUUAAAUACUUUUAAUAACUAAUUGAAUUUGAACCAGUAAUCUGAUACUGUUGUACAUGAGAUAUUAUACAGGAAUCUACACUUCUAUUUGUUAUAAUACUACUCUAAUGAAAUAUUGAGUAGUAGCUUAACUCUCGAAGUACUGGGCUUUCAGCUAAUAGAUUGGUCUUAGGUUCAAACCUCGUCCUACCCAAUUGGAUUUAUAUGGAUGAAUAUUAUUGCUAACCCACAAAAAUAGUGUCACUAUGUUCUAAAGUACGUUUUUAUAAUUUUAUAAAUGAAUUUUCGAUCGUUAAAAUUUAUGCAAAGAGUGCUAAUCGAUAGGUGAUAUGCAAUUUGAGUCGAGUAAUACCUGCUCACGAAACCGUAAUGUUAAUUCAAAUCCCUAAAUAAUUUGAAAUUGAAGACAAGACCAUUAGGCAGUAGAAAAGGUUGUUUGCUUAAUAAAACGCCCAUGCCUAUAUACAAAACAUUAACGCAAAAUAAGUAUAAAUUUUCAUAGGCGAUUCGAAGGAUUUGAUUUUGUAGUUCACUUAUCCUUCAAUCAAUUAAGAUUUUGUCCGUCAUAUCACCUGCCCCAUAAAAUGAUUCUGGAUCCUUCAUCUAUUGGUUAACAUUCUUUCUGUUCGUUUUAACAAUCAGAAAUUUGUUCAGAAAAUCAUUCGAAUCCUGUUCCAUGACAAACUCAAAACCUGAGUUCAUGAAAUCUGUACUUUGUAAAUUUGUUUCAUUACUUUGAUUGUAUUCCUUUUUUUUUCUAGUUAGGUUUAUAAAUGUGAUCAAUUUAAAUAUUUUACUUGCAUUUAAGUAAUAUGAUGUUUCCAAGGAAAGUCGUACAAAAAUGUUUGAUUUACGUAGAUGGUUCAUUGUGUCAGGAAUAAAGCUUUCUCCUCUGUCAACCUUUUAUUUUUCCCAAUGAACAGAAUAUAUAAAAGUUGUUUUGCAAUGCUCAGAAUUCUUACUGACUGUUUAAGGGGAUAAAUUCAUCUGCUCUCUGUUUUUGUCAUCAUUUCAAUGAGUAUUGUUAUUGUAACUGGUUUUUGUUAUAAGUGUAAAAUAAUCAUAUAUCUAUUAUCAUUUUAGAUAGUAAAGUAAUAUAAAUUGUUAUAAAUAAUGGAAGUUGAUAUAUCAAAUAACCCCUUACAUGAAACAAAUAUGGACACUACUUCUGAAUGGGAAAGCGCUAUUCCAAAAGAUGAUGAAAAACAUAAAAAUCAAAUUGUGAGUACUGAAGAGUUAGUUACUACCACCUGUAGUGAUGACAGUGCUCCUCUCGAAAGGGAAACUUGCACAGAUUCUGAAUCCAUUUCAAUAGAUGUAAAGAAACUAGACGAGAACACUUCAACUACACCGAAUAUAUAUUGUCCUCCAAGUUGGGCUUUAAAUUGUCCUCCAUCUUUAGAUUAUAAAUUAGAAGUUAUUAAAAAUGGUUUACAACUUUCAGAGAGUACAGUUUAUUUAUCAUCUCCUUCAGAUACAAAUUUGCAAUCUUCAUGUGAUGAUGGUUUAAGUUAUUGUUUAUUUGGUCGUCAACCUCAAUCAUAUUAUACACAAUCGAAUAAUAUGAAUGGACAAUGUUCAGUACUUGCUCAUCCUUCAAUAAGUCGACUGCAUGCUGUAUUACAGUAUGGUAAACCACCGCAUGCUGUGGGUCAUGUAUCAGAAAAUGAAAAAGACACCACUGGAUGGUAUUUGAAAGAUUUAGAAAGUACUCAUGGUACUUUUGUUAAUAAGCGACGUCUACCCCCAGGAAGAUAUGUUCGUAUUCGUGUUGGUUAUGUUUUACGAUUUGGUGGUAGUACACGUUUGCAUAUUCUUCAAGGACCUGAAGAAGACACUGAACAACAAACUUCACAUUCUUGGUUCGAUUUGAAGAAAUCUCAUGAAGAGUAUAAGAUGAAUCUUAAAAUGGAACGCAAUAUUUCAUCAAUACAGAAUUCAAAUACUGUCAAGCUUGAAUGUAACUGGGGGAUGUCGUUAGAAGAUCCUGUCUCUGAACCAAUUCCAACUUUAUUACAAUCUGGAACUUGUUUAAAUCAUGAAAAAUUAUAUCGUGAUGAUCCUAAGCGGGCAUUGAAUGCAUAUUUUGAACGAGAAGGGAUUGAUCCUGUUCCACAGUAUGAAUUUGUUGAAGCACCAUUUGGCAAACAACAUUGUCGAAUCGAGUUGCCAUUGAGUUCAGGUACCGUGACCGCAGAAGCUCUUGUUUCCGGUAAACGAAAAGAAGCUGUUGUUGCUUGUGCUUUGGAAGCAUGUCAACUUUUAGAUCGUUUGGGUGAAUUUGACCCAGAUAAAGAUCGUUCCACCGCUUCUAAAUACGCUCGAUCACGAGCUUAUUGGGAAGAUCGUGACUAUUAUUCAUCUGAUGAAGAUACAUAUGUUGAUCGAACUGGAGCUGUGGAGAGAAAACGUUUAAAUCGUAUGCGUCAAUUAGGUGUGAAUGAUAAUGAUGGAAUUAAAACAACAGACGAACUAUUGAACAAUGAUAAUGCUAAACUUCAUCUUAAAAAUGAAAAACGAAUAUCUCAAAAUGCAAACAUGAUUACUAUGCUUUCAGAGUUAGAAAAAAUUGGUGAAGAGAUUGUUUCAAUCGAAGAAGAAUUAGAAGCUAUCAAUAAAGAGUUUUCACCUAAAGAAGCUAAUCCAUCACAACUUGACGAGUUAGAGGCCUAUAUGAAUGCACUUAAAACAAACUCAUCUAAAUGUGCACAACGUUCUAAAUUAAAAGCACGUCUAAUUUCAUUACGUCAAACUGAACUGCAACUUUUUCAUCGUGCUGGACUUUCAAGAGUAGGCAAAACUGUGAAACAACUUAGCAAUAAACAAAAUAACAAUUCUGAAUAUAUUUCAUCAUCCGAUGCUGCAGCCGCCGUUCGAGCAGCUCGACAAAAAUUAAAUAAUGAUGCUGGUGAACAACAAAGUGAAAAUGAUCAACUAAAUGCUGUUACAUCUGAGCAAAAAAUUAAAAAUAUUCGAGCUGAUAGAAAUGCAUUAAAAAGAAGUCUACAAAAUCAUGCCAGAACACUUUAUGUAUCUCAGAAGAAAAUUGAAAUAGAUAGACCAUUUGAAGUGGAAAAUGAUGAUGAUGACGAUGGUGACACCAAUGUAAAUGAUAUUGGUGACAAAGAAGAAACAAAACAAAUGGAGAUGAGUGUAGACAAUGAAGAGAAUAACGUUGAUACCGCUAUUUCUGUUCCUCAAUACAAAUCGAGCAAAUAUCCAGAUUCUAGUUGUCAAUCAACGUUUCCCCUUAUUUCUACUACUGCUACCAUGAAUAUUGUAAAUAAUAAUGACAAUCUUAUUGACGAUUCCAGUACAACUAUAAGUAAUGAACAAGGUGUGGAAGAAAACUUAACUGAAAUUAAAUUAUAUGUCGAUAAAAAUCAACAACCUUCCAAGGUGUUGGGACCAACUUUGCCUCCGUCUCAAUCUCAAAAACCUCUUGAGGUCAAUAAGAGGACAAAAAAUUAUCCAGAAAAUGAUUCUGACGAUUAUGUGGAAUGGUUUCCUCCAUCAGACCAAAGUGGAGAUGGUAUCACUUCUCUUAAUGCUAAAUAUGGAUAUUAAAUGCAUGAGGACAAUUUAGAUUUCUUGAAAUUAAUUAUGGCUUGUGAACUACAAAUUAACUCUUUGUAAAUGUAUGUACAUACAAUCCUUCCCUGUUUUUAUGAUUAAACUUUUGAACACAAUAAUGAUUGUUUUUAUUUUGUAUUUUACAUCAGUAAAUGAGAAAUACAAUAUAGUAUUAAACAUCUAAACGAAUUAUUCUCUACAAAAUUAUAUUACUUUGUUGUCGAUUAAUAUUUUGGGAAACAUCAUACUCAAAAGAUAUCCGAAGAUGUUUGACAGACAACAGGGAAAAACUGCUUUAAGUACGGUUUUAUUAUAAUUGAAAGGUAAAUGUACGGUACUGGGAUAUCUUCCUUUAAGGGAAAACAAAAUACUUAUGCAUGUGGGUUGCAGAUAAACAUGUGAGCAUGAGCUAUCUAAUAUGCGUAUAUAAAAAGUAACAUGAAUUAUAGCGUGAAUAUGUGGUUAAAGAAUUAACACGUA